UCGAAGCACAGAGUUAGGGUGGGGAUCUAAGAAGGGAGCUCUUGGGUUUACACUUGUUCAGAGUAACUCAUUUCUCAUUUCUUUUUGCCAUUUCUGCAUUAAAUGUUUUCCUCUUGGAUUGCUUAGCAUUUGACUAGAUGGUAUGGAGUCCUAAUGAAGAAGUGCUCAUGAGAUGGCUCAUCCAGGAAAAGAGCCAGCGGCCAUCCUUGACAGUUUCAAUCCUUUGACCCACUUGACUGAAGAAGAGACUGACUCCUUUUGCAAGUUGUCCACAGGUCUGUGAAGAAUUGUGCUGGUAUUUUGAUGGAGAUUGCAUGGAAUCUGUAGAUUGCUUUUGCACAGUUAACAUGACCUCCACGAGACAUGAAGGCACAGGCACUACUGUAUUUCUUCUUUGCUGUCGCACUGUACCCUUGUGGAUCUCACGACUUAUUCUUCCCAGUCCCCUUCAGUCACCUUGUGAGUAAUAAUGAGCAACUCAUUCUUGGAAGAUAUGAUGAAGAUGUAAUUCUCCCUUGCCCAUUUACAAGUGGGGCUGACAUUGUAAUUCACUGGAGAAACCAGAAUAAUUAUGUUCACAGUUACUUUGGUGGCAAGGACCAUUUGGAAGCCCAGUAUUUUAGAUAUGAAAACAGGACAUCCCUCUUUCAUGGUGAAAUUCACAAUGGGAACGCCUCUCUAACUAUCAGAAGAUUGAGCCUUCUGGAUGAAGGAAUUUAUAGCUGCUAUGUGGGAACAAAAAAUGAACGUACUGACCAAAGAGUGGUGCUAAAAGUGGGAGCUUUCCACACACCUUUAAUGAAAUAUGAACAAAGGAACACAGAGAGCUUUCUGGAAUGCAGUAUCCUGAGUAUUUAUCCUCAUGCACAUAUCACAUGGAAAAUGGAUAAUGCAGAUGUCUCUGAAAGCAAUUCAGAAGAAAAUAGUACUCUGGGUCCUUUUUAUAUUAAAAGCACACUGAAUAUUACAGGAUCAAAUUCAUCCUUUGAGUGUGCUAUUGGAAAUUCACUUCUCAAUCAAACAUGGAGAGGAGAGUGGACGUUGGCAGGUAGUCAUUGGAUGAAUCAAAGUGAGUCCAUUUCACUCUGGUGUACAGUCAGCCGCAAUUUUUCUCUACAAAAUGAAGACUUCCAUGUUACUUGGUCCAGAGUAGAAAAUGGGAUAUAUUCUGUCUUGGAUUGGCAUCUGAACUAUUCACAGGACACCACCACUAAUGACCCUCAAUUCUCACGGAAGAAAGAGCUAAGAAAUCACAGUGGCUUCCCCAUAACAUUGAAACAUCUUCGUGCUUCAGACAGUGGGGAAUACUUGUGUAAUGUUUCUUCAACUGAGUAUACAUUACUCACAGUGCACAGGCUGCAUGUAGCACAGAGUCAAGGAAGAGUUUCACGGCACAAAUAUUUUAUAGUUCCGUCAGUAGCUUUGUUUCUGGUGGUGCUACCAGUAUGGUACUGUAAAGUGAGAAGAGACUCCAGUGACUCUGAAGGGACCAGAAGAUCCACAUAUUCUGCCAAUGGAGACCAAUGCAUCCCAGAUCCCACACCAGAGAAAGAAGUGCAUUGUGGUUCUGAUGAUGUAAUGGAGUACAAUUCAGAAAUGUGCCGUGUCUCUGUUGAUGAAAGUGUUAAUAAUGGCAAUAACUCCAAUGGAAAUGAUGUAAGGCAUAUCAUUUCUUCAUAGACCCAUUCUCAAUGGAAAGAUAAAGCAAAAGAAGGAAAAACAGGAGGAAGACACAGAUGUGGAACUGAAGCCUAAAAGCAAUCCCAGCAUUCAUGUGGUAGACACAACCUGAGUUGUCUAGCAAGAUGUUGUCUCAAAAACAAUACAAAACCAUCUCUACCACAAACAAAUAAGGAAGUGAAUUUUUUUACUAGCUUUGAUAUCAUUAUACAAGUCUUAGGGCUGGGGAGAGGCAAGAGGAAUUGCAGGAUAAUAUGGUGGGAAGAAAUACAAGUAGGCUUUUCUCAAUGAAUGAGAUCUUCCUAUUUAAAUAGCUCUUCUUGGUCUCCUGUUCUUAUUUGCAAACAUAUCCAGUGGCACUGUGCAUCUAGACACUCAUCAGAGUAUGCUCAGUGUAGUUGUUCUUCUGAUAGAUGUGGGGUUGAGCUAAAAUGAGAAGGAACAGACUUGUAUAAAAAUGGAUGCAAGUAGACCACAGUUUUCACUCAGAUCCAGAUGUCUGGCUGUCUAUCCAUACUUUCCAGAUAUUUCUAGGUCCCCAGGUGACUAACACUUCAGGCACAAUGCAUAGUUUGAUUCAUUUUGCUGCAUCAGUUUUUACAGUUUUACAUCAUCCCCUAAUCUGAAUAUAAAUAAGGGGUAGAAACUUCAAAACUCAGGAGCAUCUAAAAGAUUAAAAUUGACUGACAUGA